AUGCCUCUCCACCACCCCCCGGCUUCGAGCCCGCCCCGGACACCCCACUCCGGCACCACCCUCCCCCCCAGUGUUGAUCUUGUGCGUAUCUUCGACGAGACCGAGAGCGAGAUGAGUGGGAUACCGCCGACGGAGCGUGCCCCUGGUGCUGAGCGAUCAGCGCCGGUGUGGCCUUUCUCCUUUGCUGAGCCAGCAUCCCCCGCCCUUCCUUGGAACCAUCCUUUCCUACAGAGCCUUCCUUCAGACCAUCCUUUACGACCAAGCACUCCCAUCCCCUCCCCGGCCACCCUCCAGGAGAAGAGGACAAAGAAACUCGAACAGCUCCUGGGAGAGCCCAAAGCGCUGUUUGAGCGAUCGUUGAACGGGCCGCCGAAUGGGGUGAGGAAGUAUGAUGUGCAGAUGGGGGAGGCGGGGCCGGAGAGCCCGUCGCCUGGGUCGAGCGCUGCUACUGCCCGAGCAGGGCAAGGUGAAAAGAAGGGGAGGUGGAGGGGGAGGAGGGGCACGGGGAGGAGGAUGCCAGAGCGGGAGAGGGAAGAUUGUCUAGUCCGCCGUGGUACCGACGAGUUGUGA